AUGGGGACGCAAAGCAAGGGCACGGAGGGCUCCUCGAGCUCCUCGUCGUACGAGCAUGUCACCACGAUCGCGGGAGUAGGCAAUGCAAAAGAUAACUUGGUGUUGUUAACACCCUUUGCCCUCGCUAGAUCAGGCAAGUUCAUGGGAAAACAUGCUGCGCAGGAAAGGUUCACACUGUUCGAUGUGGUGGAUCAUAUGCGCAUUCUGGAUGCUCAUCCGGAAUGGACAGUGCAGGACUAUGCAGUGGAAGCUGCCAGGCGCACUAGAGACCAACCUGUUGCAGCGAUCUACAUGCUGAAGUACCCUUUUGAGGGCCUGCCCCCAAUCCAAUUUGUGAUCAGGUCUGUCAACGUUCCGGUGGGUUGGGUUAAUGUUCCGGUUGAUCUGCGUGCGCUCCAGCUUGGGUUCCAUACUCUCAGUCUUCCGGUGGAUGCCUCUUCCUACGAGGCUGCGUUGAGGCUCAGCAUGAGCUGCGUCACCAUUCCGCCAUUGUUUGCACCUGCCGUGGCCAGAGGCAACCUGAGGAUUGACCCUGCUGACAGGACACAAUCAGAUCCUUUCCAGACGCAUGCUCUGCAGCCCUCUUUUGCAAUGAUUGCGAGAGGAAUUGGCAACAGAAAUAAUUUUCUGUUAGAGCAGCCUGAGCAGAGUACGUCUAGUUCAUCGGCCGAGAGCACCACGCCAUUCUUCUCGCCUGUGGACUAUGAGUCGCCUGAAGGUGACAUUGUGGUGGCUUACCAUUCCCCGGGCCACAGACCUUGGACGCAGUCCCAUCCCAACACCAUCACGCCUAGUGACAUGGCACAGGAAGCGUCUGCCCAUCUCGGCCAGAGGGCAGGAGUCAGUAGGUGGAGAACUUCCCUGCUGCCUCUGCAACCUCACAUUGCUGGGGUUGACUUGCACUGCCUUGCACUUCCGAUUGAUGAAGAGGGUCAUAGCAUGAUCACGGUUCUUGCUGAUUUCAGACCUGUGUUUGGGCCGGGAUUGUUGUCAUUUGUUGCCAUCCCGGUUGAGGUUCACAGCGCCUCCAUGCAGGAGAACAUUGUCAAUGCGACUGUUGACCAGUUGUUUGAGCUGGCCCUUGCUGAACCCCCGGUGGAAUUCUUUGUCACCAAAGCAGGUAAUGGGGGUCUUGUCGUUCCUGCACACGAGGGACAGCAUGCUGUGAUGGACUCCUUUGAUGUUGCCGGGCACUUCCCAGGACUGCUCACCAUGACCCGCUUCUUUGGGGCAAGUGAUUGGGCGGCCGCGAGCCGGACUAUGAGGACCACCUCCUCUACCACCACCACGCCCUUCGAGAUGGAAGACCCUCGGAGAGAGAGGCUUAGGCUUGUGCCCCGUAACCCUCUCAGGGUCUGGUUGGGUAUUCAAGGGUUCGGGUUGUUUCAACAGGACUUCGAAGGGGAUCCGCCCAUGGCUGUGAUUUUGGCAAGCAUGUGGACACGAGUCUUGCAGCAACACACUGUGAGUGAUUCGCUCAUUGUCCGAAUUGCCCAUGUUCACCCGCCUGCUACUGUAGCUGCGAGAGAGCUCCUCAUCUCCAUGGAGUUGAGCUCCAACAGGGACACUGCAGGGGUUUGGGUUGACCUUAGGCCGGGUGGCGUUCUAAGCUUCCAACAGGUUCCGAUCUUUGCUGAUGCAAGCUGCAUUAGGGACCUCCCAAGGCAAUACAAGCAUGUGUUCCUUAAUGGGCGAAAGUGGGAGCAGGCAUGCAGUGUGUAUGGCGGAGCAUACAUUGCCUUCAGCAUCACGUCGCAUGCUCCUGAUGUCCGGUCUGUUGACUUCUUCUACGGAAGAAUAAGAGGCCUUGAAGCCCUUGCAAUCCCGUUCUUUGUCCCCGCGGAUCUGCCUCAACAGGCCGAGGCUGAUGCUGAACAUCUCAGGUCUGAAGCAUUUACGGUCUGGGAGAACACGCUUGAUCACCGGCUCAGGAACAUGGGCUUUGUUGGAGAUGUAAGAGGGGUGGUCAUUGCAGGGGAUCACUUCACGGUGCUUGCGCCAUCUUGCCGCCCUACAAGCAUGCCUGACGUUGCUGCAUGGGUUUCGCAGUGGAUUGUUCCAGCGUUUGGCCCGGUGCAACUUUACCAGACGCAAGGCCAGGUGGGCUCUAGACAGGUUUACAUUGCCUCGGGCAGCAGCCUCGAUCCGCAUGAAAUGUACUUCAGGGUGGAAGUUACUGAUCAGAGUGUCAUUGUUUUCAAACUUCCCCACUCUGUCCUGCCAGACACGUUGCGCAGACUUGCCCCUGUUGAUGAUGCCUGGAGCCGACCUGUUCCUGGCCGCGCAUGGUAUGCCCCCUUUUUCCCUCCCGCCGACCUGUGCUCAAUGGUCACAGUGGGCGAAGGACAACCCGCGACUGCCUCUGGCCCGCCCGAAGGGGGAGAGCCUGUCGCAAGGCAAGAGGUUGUCCACGAGCGAAGUGCGGCUUUGCAAUGGCUUGAUGCUCAUACCGCGGAGGCACCAGCUGCCUCAGAGGCUCAGCCCACCACGACCUCCACGACCAACAUGCUCGUUGCUCCAGGGGUACCGGUCCUCCACCUGAUAAUGGAACGACAUUGUGCCACUGUCAGUUUGCAGCAAACGGACCAAGCCUAUCUGGCAGCAAAACUCACUGAGCUCAUCUUGCACCACCUUGCGCACAAUAGGGCCUACAGGCAGGGCAACAUCCGGAUGGCCAUGGCACACCCCGGGGUACUGAAUGGCCAGAGGGAAAUUGUACUGAUUUGGCACCCUCUGGAAUUCCACCUCUAUGUGGUAGUUGACGCCAGACCGGUAGGGGGUCAACUUAGAUGUGUCGAAACUGAUUCGGACCGCGGUCCAAGCGACCUUGUCGAAGAAGACCUGCUCUCGCGUGGCGCUUUUGUGUUUGUGAAUGGGGUACCAGCGGCGCUCAUGAGUGGUCCGUUGCAAGACGGAGAUUAUGUCUCGGUUGAGUGGAGUGUUCCCAGCAUCCCAGCCCUGCCAAGAUCCGCCGUUUUCCGCAAUUGGCCAAGCUUGGGCCUAUUGGCCGUUGACAUCAUUUUGCCGGAUCUAAGCCCAGUCCUGCGGAAUCAGCUGCCGGCCUUGGGGACUGUUGCGCAGGCGAUCGGAGACGCACUCGAUGCAAGAGCCACCAUGCUAGGAUAUCGACUGGCUGUCGCCAAGCAGGCGAUUGUGUAUAGCAGGGUGCGUGGAGAGAUCAUGAUCUGUGUGGAAGGGCGGAUACCGGCUAGUCAUGCCCAGGUGUCCGCAGCAUUGAGACUUGUUCCGGAGUGGAACGUGGCCACUGACGUGCUAGACACGCGCAGCAUGGCCAAUGAUGCGUCGUUAUUCAUGGCACGAGACCCGUUUGAGGCACGGCAAACCUGGCAUCUGAUUCCGGUCCCCUUCUUGCUCCAGACCUACUUGCUCUGGCAGGGCGAGGCCGACACCUUUGCCCGGUUUAGAGAACUUCCGGCUCCCAGCCAUCUCAGUGUUGGACCUGCCGCGGCAGAACACGGCCAAGUGCAUGCUUUUCGACGGCUCUCCUUGCAAGAUGGCACGGCCAUGGUUGCCAUGCAGCAGCCAGAGGGUGGCCUGGAGCCGCAGGAUGCGUUGCGGGCCGGCCCUUUUGCGGGAUGCAAGGCGCACCACUGGCACAGCCGGACGGCAUUCGAUGUUGCUCUCCUGCCGGAAGACCUUGCAAUCAUUACCGACAGGUUCUUCUUGGCGACGGCCAGUGUUACACCAGAGACUGCAUUGGGAGAGGAUCACUCCCGCUACACCAUUUUUGAUGCAGGUCUGCAAACGAGGAAAAGAAAUUAUAGAGGGCAUCAGAGGGUUGAAUGGUUGUUGGCGGAUCUAAUCCGCAGCACACAGCGCCCUAUCCGAAGCAUCCAGAGAUUGGAUGCGCCAGUCUUCGGAUAUCCCACCCCUCAAUUUGUCCUGACAUUCCUCGACGCGCCAGCACAACACCUGGCAGUACCGAUCGACUGCCGAUCCAUUGGCAAAGGCAUUUGCACCAUCAACGUGGCCCCGGAGUCACGAUGGUUUGCCAUUGGGGAGUCACUGAGCAGGAUUGAUCCUAGCUAUGAUAGAUGUGAGGGUGUUGGGGAGGCCUUUGUUGAUGCGAUGGAUAGAGGGCGGUUGAUCCUUAGGUCUGCCAGUCAAGCCCUACGAAAUCCACUUGAUCAGCACCUUGCUGACCUGCAGCACAUGUUCAUGCUGGUCAGACCGCCUACACCACCUGUGCCCAGCACCCCCUCAUCAAAGGAAGAGAAGGAUCCAGCUGCCAAUGUGAGUGGCAUCGGUGAACAGGAGAACCAGCCUGCCCUCCCCCUUUUGAAGGUGUUGCUGGCAUUCGUGCCUGCUCAAGGGCCACCGAUCACCGCUUUUCAUGUCUUCACGGAUGGAUCCAGCAAGGCAGGGAAAGGGGGAUGGGGAGCUGUUCUCUGUGCCCAGCAUGACCAUCAGGGAGAAAUGCCUUUCUCCUUGGUAGGAGUUGCAGGAGGAUGUGUUUGGAAUGAGAUGGCCGAUAGGGUGGCUGAUGCGGGACGCACCGGCAAAAUUCGCACUGCCCUGGCGCCCUGUGUUUGUGCAAUUGUCCGUCACAAGUUGUUGCCUUGGGCCUGGAUGGCACACAACCAUGCCACACUGCCUAGCCUUGAUGACAUGGCACGCGGCCAAUAUGAGAAGCCCGACUCUCCCAGCCCUGAUGAUCUAGCGGUCAUUUUGAAGGAUGUCGAAUGCACUGACAAGGUGUCUGCCCAGCCCUGCCAGCUCAAGUUUCUGUCGGCCAAUGUCUGCACUCUUGUAGGCAAAGUAGCGGCCUUCAAACAACAGGGUUCAGAAUUGGGCAUCCAUGUCAUGGCCUUUCAGGAGACCCGAUGCAAGGGGGGCCACGUUCCUGGCAAGUGGAUCACCUUCCAAGCGGGAGCCAAUAAAGGGUUUGACGGUGUUGCCCUUUGGUUUAAUUCGGGGGUUGCCUGGGGGCCCAAAACCGGCAGUGUGCCUCUCUGCCCGGAGCAUCUGUUCGUGCUUGUUCAGGAGCCCACCCUGCUGGCAGUGGCGUGCCAGCAUCCAAGUUGCAAGGCCAUGUUUGUUUCUUUUCGAGGGCCACAUAGCCUGUGCUCUUCUCAGCAGAUUAAGCAGUGGUGGGCACAUUUGCGAUCUGUUCUCAGCCCCUUCCUUGACCAAUGGCCUUGUGUUCUGCUUGGAGAUGCAAACGCCAAAAUUGAGCAUCCCAGGCCUCCAUUUGUGGGGGACUUGGGGAUAGGUCAACAGGAUAUUGCUGGAGACCUACUGACUGAGCUUGCAGUGCAGUGGGACCUCUGCGUGAUGAACACGCAGCAUCAUGUGAUGCGCGGGGUCGCGGCGCAGACCUGGAAGAACAGCAGACUGGACUAUGUUCUGACCCCCAUGGGCUGGGGGGCUAGAGGUUGGGCCUCUCCAGGCAAUAGCUUUGACCUGCUCAAUGCACAUGAGGAUCACACAGCUGUCAUCAUCAACUGCAGCGUUCCCCCCGCUGGCCGCACGCAGUGCCCUCCGCCGCGACGCACCUUUCGGGGUCUGCCCUCAGAGUUGUAUGUGGAGGCAAUGCACCAAGCCGCACGGGUGGAGGUGCCUUGGGGGCAAAAUGUGCACCAACAUGCAGAGCUAGUGCUUGACCGUGCCAGACGGUGCCUGCAGGAGGGAGCUGCUUACUUGCCGGCGCGGCCCAAGAAACCACACAUAAGUGCCGAGGCCCUGACACUGGUUCAACAGAAGCGGACGGCCGUGAAGCAGUCGGCGGUGGCCAACCGCAAACUUCACACGGUCCAGCGAAAGUUCCAGCUUCGCCGAUUCUUCAACAGGCCGCGUGCGGAGGGACCGGUGCGCAUUGCAAGACAUGUUGCUGCAAUUUGGCAGCAUGUGGUUGAACUGGCCAACCUGAACCUCAGACGCCAGCUGCGCCAUGACAGAGUCACCUAUCUCACCGAAAUUGCAGCGAAGAUUGAGCAAGGCGUUGUGAGUACGAAUUCCCAGGAGGUCUACCAGGCGCUCAGGUUCUUCCGCCCAGCGUCAAAACGUGUGCACAAGCCUUGGGGGCCUCUGCCUAUGCUCGAGCGCCCUGACGGCAGCAUGGCGGAGACCUUUUGUCAGGCUCAGGAAGUGAAGGCGCGCUACUUUGGAGACCUGGAAGCAGCCACUCCAUUGGUUCCAGAGAAGAUCGCUGGCCCUGCGUUCGCCUCUCCCUGCAAGGACACCUUUGAGAUUGGUGAAGUGCCUACGCUUCUAGACUUGGAAGGGGGGCUCAGAGAGCUGCCUAGAAGGAAAGCUCCUGGUGCCUCCGGUUUGCCAAACGAAGUCUGGCUGGCAGGCACAGCGACGGCGGCCCGCAUAUGGAUGCCGGUACUCCUUAAGUGCCAAGUGCGCCUCACGGAACCACUCCGCUUCUCCACAAGCUUGAUGGCCACUCUAUACAAAGGCAAAGGCACUGUCUUUGAUGUAGCCAAUCAUCGCUCAAUUUACUUAAUGGAGGGUGUAGGUAAAGCCAUCAGAAAGCUACAUCGCCCUCCGCUUGUCCAGUCCCUGCAGUCUCACAAGCCGGGGCUCAUGCAGGGUAGCACUCCACAUAGUGCCUCAGACCAGCUCACGCACUACCUUAUCACUUUGGCUCUACUGGCCAAGCAGCAAGGAGCAUGCUGUGCGCUUCUGUUUGUGGAUGCGAGAUCAGCGUUCUACCGUGUGCUGAGGGAACGGCUUACCGGUAUGCCUACGUCGGACGAAGAGCUCUGCAGCAUCCUCAGCCAACUCGGGGUUUCCGAUGGCGCCUUCCGAGGGGUCAUGGCAUGGAUCACCGGGGAUUCCCUCAUGCAAGGGGUACCACCACAUGUGCGAAGAGUUGUAGCUUCCUGGUUUGACUCGUCCUGUUUUGUCCUGAGGGGCUUGCCCCAGGCCUUCCAGUCAAGGGCAGGCACUAGACCGGGGGAUGCUAUGGCUGACAUUUUGUUCGCAUUUGUCCUGCGUGAUGCCAUGGUGGAGAUCAGCACCACAUUAGAAGCGGCGGGGCUGCUUGAGAGCCCGGCGACAGCGCCACUGCAGCAUCCGACGUGGGUGGAUGAUGUGUGUCUGCCGGUCUUCUCCCGGACCGCGUGUGGCCUUACCAAUAGGCUUUCGGCGGUGUGCGCUGUGAUGCACGAUGCUUAUCUCCGCAGAGGACUUGCACCGAACUACUCCAGAGGCAAAACAGAAGCCGUCAUCGUCUGGGCUGGCAAGGGCAGUACGGCAGCAAAGCAAGGAGUUUUGAAGCAAGGACACCAGGUGCGAGUCGUGCCCCAGCUAGACGACCCCUUCGCUUUGUCGGUGGUGCCACGUUAUGUCCACCUGGGCACUGUGCUCAGUACGGCAAUGAAUCCCAAGGCAGACUUUGCUGUAAAACUGGCCCACGGCAUUCGGGCAGCCGCACCCGUUGCCCGAAAGGUGCUACGGAACAAGGCGAUCCCUCUGAAGGGACGUGCCGAAAUCCUUUCCUCGAUCGCCUUGUCGGCAGCGACCCACAAUACCGGGGUCUGGGUGCCCACUGACUCCGCCCUGGAAAAGUGGACCCAAGGCAUCACGUCCAUGUACCGCAUGCUGCUGCCAGAGGAUAGAUGGGGUCAUCACCCGGACUUUCCUGGCCCUGCUGAGCUCUGUGGAGCUCUCCUGCUUCCUAUGCCCGCUGCAUUGCUUGUGGCAGAAAGGAUCAGGCACUUCCUGCGGAUUGUACGUGAUGAUAACCGCUUUCUUUGGGAGUUGUUGUGCAUGCAUGCUGAACUGUCUGAGGAUGCGUGGCUCAGACAGGUGCACAAGGACUUAGGCUUUGUGGCCGAGUGGGCGCCGGAGAUCCUCAGGCCAGAGGUGGUGAAAACUGCACGCGGCAGCUAUGAGGAAUUGCUCGCCUUGGCUACUGCCAAGGCUCCUUGUGUAACGCGGGCCUUGAAGCAGGCAAUCGGCCAGCACACAGCCAAAUUGCAGCAGUGGGCCACCUUCCAGCUGAGGGCAAGGAAGCUUGGCCUCAGACCUCCGCCACAGAUGCCUGUUGGCGCAAAACACCCCUGUUGGAUGUGCGAUCAAGUGUUUCCCUCCACGUCCCACCUUGCAGCGCACAUCCAAACUGUUCACGAGUACUCGCAGCUCGCGCGCCAGUACACUGGGGGUUGCACCACAUGCAGGGCCUGCCUCAAGAACUUCUGGGAUUCGGACAGGUUACUGAGACACCUUGCACGUUCGAAUACUGGUUGUUUGCCCUUUCUGUUGGCGGUUGUUCCACCGAUGGAUCCGCAUGAAUGGGUGCCAGACGCCGGGCCAGCUACUCACUGGCCUCCUGUGCGGGCAGCUGGCCCUCUCAGACCCUUCACGCAGGAGGACGAGGCCAGCCUUUACGCUAGGCUUUUCGAGCUCGAGCAGUGGGAGGUCCAAGCUCUUAUGCCUAGCCUUGAGAAAUUCGACGCAGUCGCCUUUGAUGUUGCCAAUGUACUAUGCGAUGUCAGAGUCUCUGACAGAGCGACAGUUCGGUGUACAGAUUUUCUUCCGAACGGAACGGCUCUGAUUGACUCUUGGCUCCAAACGUGA